AUGAACACCUCGACCGUGCAGGACAUGUCAACGUACAACGUCGGAAUGGUUCAAACCAACAUGAGCCUAACGCCAGACCGACCUAUGGGGCCAGGAGACUUUGCUGGACAUCAACCGAUGGACCCGAGGGGCGCGUGGGACGAAUUUACGACAAUCCCAGGCUCGCAGCUGGUGAACACCAUGGCAGCCGGAAAGAGCCAGAUGAUGAACAUGUCACCCAACUUAUGGAAUCCCGGGAGCAUACACUCAGGCCUGCCACCCCCCUCGCCGAUAUCUGCAGCAUCUUCAAUGGGAGGCCCAGCGCAGCCGAUGGGUCAAGCAGCAUACGCUAUGCAGCCAGACGGAACAAUUUGGCAGGUCCCACCGCCACCACCACGAACCAUGAGCUAUCCUGGACUGGAAAUGGGAUCUUCAUAUCCUAAUCAAUUUCACCCACAAGUCCCCACGGAGCUCAAACGGAGAAUGACCACUCCUGCACAAUCUCUGUCUGUGGCGAGUGCCAUGGCCCCGCCAGGCACACCAGGCACACCUGAGAUGCAUAUACCAGGCUCAGUCUCAUACCCACCAGGAGUAAGCUACCCGCAAUGGCAGGAUAUGAGUGCCAUGUCUGGAAUGGGCGUGCUGCCGUAUCCCAUGUAUCCCGGAGACGCAGUUCCACAACACGUAUACCCGCCUAAUCCUGCUUCGAUGGGACACCCUGGAGGCCCACGGUCACCGAAUCCAUGA